AUGUUGGCUUUUAGAGGGCAUGCUUAUAAAACUGAUGUCUUGGUACUGAGCUGUGAUCUGAUCACAGAUGUUGCUUUACAUGAGGUGGUGGAUCUGUUUCGAGCCCAUGAUGCCACACUCUCCAUAUUGAUGAAAAAAGCUCAUGAACCCACAGAAAUAGUACCAGGACAGAAAGGGAAAAAAAAGCCAGUGGAGCAGCGUGACUUCAUUGGAGUGGAUGACACAGGAAAGCGGUUGCUCUUCAUGGCUAAUGAAGCUGACUUGGAUGAAGAACUUGUCAUUAAGAGAUCCCUCCUUCAGAAGCAUCCUCGAAUGCACAUCAGGACAGGGCUGGCGGAUGCCCAUCUAUACUGCCUGAAGAAGUACGUGGUGGACUUCCUUGCAGAAAAUAGGUCGUUAACAUCUAUCCGAAGUGAACUGAUUCCGUAUCUAGUUAGGAAACAGUUUUCCUCUCCUACAUCAUUACGACAAGGACAGGACAACAAAGAGCAGGAUCAAAAGAAGGAUCAAAAGUCAUUAGACAUCUACAGUUACGUGAAGGGUGAUAGCUUGCUGGAAUUUGCUCCUGAUAAAUCAUGUUGGAAUGGUCACAGCAUAGAUCUGAAUGAAGCCUUGCACGGAGGAAAAGUGCGUUGCUACGUCCAUAUCAUGAAAGAGGGGCUCUGCUACCGAGUGAACACUCUUGGGUUAUACAUUGAAGCAAACAGACAGGUUCCUAAGCUGUUACCUGCUCUUCUGUGUCCAGAAGAACCAUUGGUUCAUGUGUCCGCUCAAGUCAUGGACAGAGGCCUGGUUGGAUCUGACAGCAUCAUUGGUUCAUCCACGCAGGUUGGAGAGAAGACAUCCAUUAAACACUCCAUCAUCGGCGCCACAUGCACCAUAAAAGACAGAGUUAAAAUAACUAACUGCAUCAUCAUGAACUCUGUCACAAUUGAGGAAGGGAGCUGCCUCCAGAGCUGCCUCGUCUGUCAUAACGCCGUGAUAGAGAAAGGAGCUGACCUCCGAGACUGUUUGAUCGGAAGCAGCCAGCGUCUGGAACCCAAAUCCAAACACGUUAACGAAGUCAUUGUGGGCAGCGAACAGCUGAUGGAAAUCUAACACGCCGGUUGUAAAGAUGCCUUUAAGGAAGCCAGAGCCCGCCUCUUCGGAAGACCCUUCGUCUGGAGCAGGCCUGGCAGAGCUCACGCUGUCAGCGCUCCUUUCCCGUGCAACUUUGUAUUUAUGUCUUAAUAAAGAAGCAU